CAUCUUCACACACCUCCUUUUUAUUCACACUCCUUUGACCUACUUUAAUUCACAACUUCAUUCCUAUACCCAUUAGAAAGAAAAUAAAAGAUGUCGUUCCUGACUGCCCUCUUUGAUGCAAUUGUCUCUGCUACAAACAUGUGCAUCCCAAAUUCAAACAUCAGUAUUAAUGGUCGCGCUUACAGAAUCAUCAAACUUUUAGGAGAAGGAGGCUUUUCAUUUGUUUAUCUUGCUCAGGAUGGGUCUGGUAACCUGUAUGCCCUCAAGAAAAUUCGAUGCAAUAUGGGAACAACGGAGGAAGCUUUAGCACAGCGUGAGGUAGAAAUGUAUCAAUUGUUUUCCCACAAAAAUAUCAUUCGUCUUCUCGAUAGCGCCACUGUCACAGAAUCUGAUGAUAGCAAGACGAUUUACAUAUUCUUACCUUAUUACAAGAAAGGCAACUUGCAAGAUGCCAUUAGUCGCAACCAGCUUCAUUCGACACAUUUCUCGGAAGAACAGGCAUUGAAUAUCUUCCGUCAGGUGUGUGAAGCCGUAAAAGCAUUGCACACAUACACAGUCAAGGGUGUAGCCAGAGAUCAAUACGAAGCUAAUGCUCCACAAAGUAUUCAAGACGAAAAUGCCCAGCAGGCCCGAGCCUUGCUUGAAGAACAGACUCAUCAGGAAAGAUCAGAACCACAACAAGUGCAGGGAACAAGAGGAGAUCUGAUGCCAUGGGCUCACCGGGACAUUAAGCCAGGAAACGUUCUCAUGUCCGACGAUGGUGUCACUCCAAUACUUAUGGACUUUGGAUCGGCCUGUAAAGCACGUAUUGAGAUCCACUCUCGACAGGAAGCACUUGCCCAACAGGACAUUGCUGCCGAACAUUGUUCAAUGCCUUACAGGGCACCCGAAUUAUUUGAUGUCAAAACUGACUCUGUGCUGGAUGAAAAAGUUGAUAUAUGGUCUUUGGGUUGCACUUUAUAUGCAAUGGCCUAUGGACAAUCGCCAUUUGAGAUGAAUAUGAAUGAACAGGGCGGCUCGAUGGCAUUGGCUGUUCUCAAUGGACAGUUCAAAUUCCCUUCGGGCAAUGGUUAUGAAAAACAGUAUUCAAAGGAAUUUAGAGACUUGAUUACUUGGAUAUUAAAUGCUGAUCCCAAAGCACGCCCAGACAUUCACCAGACAAUUGCAAAGGUAGACGAGCUACUCGCUAGACCUCGCCAACAGAACUAAUCAGUGUAGCAAAAUUAAUUUCAAAGAGUGUCUUCUUUUUUUAAAUAUAUAUAUAUAUAUUUCGAUUUUACAUAAAUUAUGCACACACUUUCAAUUCUACUUUAUAGUCUUGACAAAAAAUUACCAAAUUUUAAUUUUAUUCUUGGGGCAAGAAAGU